AAUGCUAGUUUGUUUUAAUCGGUCAAUUAAUAAACUUGCGACACGUAUUGGUGACGUCCUUCGAUGCAGUAGUCCGAGCAUGUAUUGUAAGGUUGCGUACUGUUCAUGGUUCAUACUUCUAUACAGCAAUUAUUUACUUAGUUCUUUUGCUGAAGACGCAACUAUUUUGUCGGAAGAAGACUCCACGCUUUUACCUUCUGUAACAAAGGAAGAUGAUAGAUUCAAAGGAUCUCCAGCCGUUGAUAUCUUGGUAGCCCUUAGUAAACCUCCCUACGGUCUUUACUCUGGACGUCGUGAAAUAAACUUGCCUGUCGGAAAAUUUUCAUCCCUUGUGGCUUCCUUGGUUAAUGCCAAUCCGACAAACGGUGAACAAUUCAAACUAGAUUUUAUAGAAGGGGCACUUCACUAUCCUAUGUACUAUGACUAUCACAUUCAGAACUUUACCAAGCAACGUCUCCAUGAGACAUUAGAACCCGGUCAAGAGACUUCCCUUUAUUACAGAUUCAAACCCGCUCUCGAAUUAGCUGGCCGAUCUUUUGACCUGUCUAUUGUUGUUUACUAUCACGACAAUAAUGACAUUUAUUAUGCUCAUAAGUUAUUUAAUCAAACUGUUAACUUAUUUGAAAUCGAAGAAGGUGUAGACACUGAAAUGAUUUUCUUGGUUAUCUUAGUAAUUGCCUUGAGUAUAGCAAUUCUAAUUGGUAUCUGGCACUGGUUCACCUCAAUCGCUCAAAAAAGACAGCCGGUCAGAAAUUCUUCAAAAGUGGUCGAAAACGAUGGUGAAAAUGCAGUCGAAAACGAAUACCUGGCACUAAUAAAAAAUAAGCCUCAAACUAAAAAAGGAUCCGGGUUAAAAACUUCGGUAUUCGUGGCCGAAACUUUGAUGCAAAAGACCGGAGAAUAGUUAUAGGAUACCAGAGGAUCCAAACAAUGACCUGUAAAAUGAAAAGACGUCACACCUUUCACAAUUGUCCAAAAGCUUUUAAACUCGGUUCAAACAAUUUAUAAGGUAAAUUUAGCCGAAUCUUCUUAAUUUAGAGUUGGUAAGACAAGUCACGUUAACUGCGACUGUUGAGUCUUAAAAUUUUAGUCUUGGUGGCAUCCUUGAACAGUAAAAGAACAAUGAUGUUAGCUUUGAUAACGCAGAGUAUUUACUGUGAAUUAGAAUCAAAAUUUUUGGUGUGAUAUGACCUCAAAAGAUUCUACUACAUAUUGUUACUUGGUUGCUUAUGUUUUCUCAACAACAACAAACCACGAUAAAUCUCCAUUUGGAACUCCCACGAAUCAUAGGUUUGUUUUAAAAAGGUUAGAGGGACUUUGUGAUGGUGAAUAUUUGUAGUUCAGGAGGACUUUGCAGUCGUGCUUUAAGCUGGGUAAUUUCGUCUUGGAGUUUCCGGUGUCUUCUCAGACAGAAUCAUUAGAAUGUACUUCAGGAAAAGUGUGCUGCUAGAAUCUCUUCACAACCAACCACUUAGAAUGUACCAUGAAUGGAAAUAUCCAAACUAAUACUCAGUGAUCAUUAUUGGAUCUUACCAAUGAUUCAUCACUUUUAAAGUUUCAACUAUAUGAUGAUGGUCAUAUGUGUGGUGAAAAAGUGUGCACAACUAAGCAUUACUGUUCAACAAGUCAUAAGUGAGGGUGUAUUAUUAGGUAGCAUAGCUGUUAUAUAGAUACAGUGGCUUAGUGUUGAAAGCAUUUUUAACUAACAGAUAUUUCAUGUUCUGUUGGUUGGGUAGCAUUAUUGGCCUCAUACGAGUGCCUCUCAGAGCCACAUAAAUAAAACUGCGCUUAGCCAAUUAUGUGACUAAUUAUGCACUGCUGACACCAAGUAUCGUAUAAAUUGUUCAUUAGCGGAAAAUAAGCGCACUGCUCAUGAUGGUUAUGCGCUCACGUCGUGUAUGUAUUAAUCACAUCUUUACCGAUUGGUGUUAAUUCACUAUAUUAACAAUUCAUGCUUACUAUAUAAUCAAAACACAUGGCUCAAGUUUGCAUCUAGAUAGAUUCAUUUUUAUUACAUAUGUAUUGACAAUAUGGUUUUAUUUUGAGAAUCAAGGC